UUAUUCAAGCUGUAACUUGAGCGAGAGGUCAAAAAUGUGGACAUUACUUGCUCUGAAAAUCUUGCCCGUGCUGAUGUUUGUUGUUGGUGUGUGGCCUGUGUGCCGUGAGGUGGACUGGUCCGAUAGCUUCAACAAGAUGGGGCAGUCCCAGUGUGACAGUCACACGGAUAUCAUCCAAGGCUUCUGUCGAAGUGACUUCUUCCCUAGCUCAGGCAUCGACCACAUCGGGUUACUGGAGAGCGCUAUCUGCUGCACCAAGCCCGCCCCGUGGACAGAAAACUUCGAGUUUGAAAUUGUCGAUUGGUGGGGUGUUUUAGAUAAACCAUACGCCUCCGCACUAUGUCCUACCGGGCAAUUCCUCUCAGGUCUAUACCGGACCUCAGGUGCAAGGAUAUCCAGCAUUGAAGAAGGACGCUGUACCAAAGCUCAGAACCUUCCGGCUCGCUAUGGGUGCUGUUACGAGCAAGACAUCUCGACCUGCUUCAGCAAGACGGGCUGCUGCACCUGCGACCCAGGUUAUUACGUCAUUGGGUUUAACCGUAGUGACUGCGAUGAGCUACGGUGUUUGACCAAACUGCAGUGCUGCAAUGUCACUUAUCCCGAGACAGGAUCCCAAUAAGCCAUACAAGAACAGACAGAAUGCUACGAAGUACAUCCCAAAUCUCUACAGCAAGAUUGACAUUAAAACACCACAAGAACAGACAGAACGUUACGAAGUACAUCCCAAAUCUCUAAGGCAAAAUUGACAUUAAAACCGCAAAGGAACAGACAGAACGUUACGAAGUACAUCCCAAAACUCUAAGGCAAAAUUGACAUUAAACCAUACAAAAAACUAAUGCAAUAUAACGUUAUGAACUACAUCAACUAUACUAUUACCAAAUGUAUUCUAAAAAAAAUAAAAGCAUCUUUUGCCAUCAGAAGUUCA